UAUUUUAGGGGUCUUAUCUAAAGGAGUAAAGACCGGGAAAAAAGGAAAAGAGAAGAUUGGGAAGGAAAGCGAAAAGAGACUGAAGGAAAAAGACAGUGAAGGUGUUAACGGUAAAGAAGAAAUGAGAAAAAAGGAAAAAGAAGAGAAAGAAGUGGUAGAGACAGAAAGAAGCGGGGAAGAAGAGGGGGAAGAUGAACUUGUUACACGUCGCCUGGAUUACCUUCUGGGGCGCCAGGUCAUCGGCGUGGCGGCUGGCAGGGGUUUCUCGCUCGCCCUUGUAGACCCCUUGGACCCGCCGGACCCCUCCGAAGGGACCCCACUCGCGGACCACCCCCAGACGCUGGCGGGUAGGGGGUCGCCGUGUAGGCUGUGCAGCCCGGGCACGACGAUGCCGGAGGGCUUAGACAACGAUGGCGACGGCGAUGGCGGCGCGAGGGAUAGGUGUCCCCUUGGGCUCUCCUUGUCGCCCAGAAAAGAGAAGGGGCCCGGGGGUGCUGCGAGGAAGGAGGGAAGGAAGGACGCCACAGGCUCCACGCUAAGCCACACGAGCGACCCCAAAAGAAGGAAGAAUUACAGUGAAGGGAGCGAGUUUGAGAUCGUGGAAUGCGAUGACAUAGACGGGGAUGAAGCAGGAGUAAGAGAACUGACCAAAGAAGUUAAGACAGAGCAAGAAAAGGAGGGAGAUGGAAGCGGAAGAACAGCGAAAGAGGAAAAAGGAGGAGGUGGGGGAACAGCCGCUGCCAACAGCCUCUUCAUCAACGCAGACGCGGCGCGACAGUUCAUCUCGAGGCAGUUAUCGUGGAUGACGUCCGCACAGGAAACCAGGGACAACGAAAGUGAACAGGGCAAGGACGAGAAGAAGGAAGACGAAAGAGUAACCACAAAGGAGGAGGAAGACAGAGAGGAAGAGGAGACGGUGCCUUCGGUCGCUGCCCCGACAACCCCGAGGAAGUAUGCUGACGCGGCCACGGAGCUCAUCCGCGAGAAUGUGGCGAGCGCGGCGACGUUGGUGGUGUCGGGCGUGCGCACAGUGGGUCAUAAGGUGGGCCACAGGGUGGGGCGCCUGUCACGUCAUUUCUCGGGCGCCAGUGCGGAGGGCGUGGUCGAAGGGCAAGAAGAAAAUGACGAUGACCCGCCGGAAGAACUCGCGCCGUCCGAAGAGGCUCUUGCGCUCACUACGCUGGUUCCGGCGGCGGAGGCGUUGGAUCAGGAGGGGCAGGCGGCGGCGGAGGCCGUGACGAGCCCGCCCCGUGACGCCAGCUCUGUAGCCGGAGCAGCGUCCAGCGGCACACAGAGCCUUCCUCGGAGGCUGCGGGACCGGGGGAUGGAGAGGGCGCGCGGCGCUCACGUGCGAACCGCCUCCGCGGGGGGCGCCUUCCCUUUCCUGAGGGGGCGUGCCGCGGGGAGGGCGCGCACGCCCACGCCCGAGGAAGUCGUGGCAGAGGGCAAGCGCGCCCUUGGCACGGAGGUUUGGGCAUGGGGCAGCUCAUACAAGGGGCAGCUGGGUACUGGCGACCUGCGUGCCCUGCGACCCACGCCCACAUGCCUCUACACCCUGAACCACUUAGGCGUGGCGCAGGUGGUGUGCGGCGACGCUCACUCCGCUGCCAGGACACUUGACGGUCAGGUCUACGUUUGGGGAGACACUUCCUCCGACCAGCUAGGCCCUCCUCCUCCGCCUCCUCUUCCUCUUUCUUCUCCUUCUCCUUCACUUCGCCGUCGAUCUUCUCCAUACCCUUCCCCCUCUUCCAACCGUCGCUCUUCUCCAGUUUCUUCAUCUUCUUCCAAUUCUUCUGCUACUUCCUCUUUUUGUUCAAUAUCUCCUCAUUCGCAAGGGAUUAAAUAUCCCCAACGUCUGCGCUUACCUUCCGAAGAGGAAGAAGAAGAGGAAGAAGAGGAAGUUGAAGAAGAUGACAAAAUAGAAGCGGAAGAAGACAAAGAGGAAAAGGAAGGUGAGAGAACUGGAGAAGAGAGGCGAAAAGACGAAAGAGAAACAGCAAAGAAAUUUAUCAAACAAGACGAAUGGAGAAAACGAACGGAAGUAAGACAAGAAAGAAAGAGAAGAAAAAGAGAAGUAAGGAGAGGGGAAGAGCUCGCGGUGGACAUCGCAGCCGGGAAGGAUUUCCUUCUCAUCGCCACGAUCACCGGAAGGCUCCUCUACGUCGGCGCACUCAGGUUAGGCCCUGCGGCAGCCACUCCGAUUGGCGCGGGCAUGGUCCCUGCGUCAGGAGUGAAGCAGGCGCGGGUAGGCUCACUCGCGUCGGAAGUGGAAGUCAGACAGGACAGGCAGCACGGUUCAGAGCUAUAGGCAAACUCUCGGGAGGUUCAUAAUGUUAACACACACC